ACAUAUAAUGAUACACAAAUAUAGUAACGUAAUAUGUAGAUAUCUCCUUAGUGUUCUCCGAACAGUCGCUCAGGGUCUGUGUAAACUGUGAAAGCAGAAUUUUGUUAUUUCCACCAUGAGAACAAUGUCAUUGUCUCGUCAAUAUGAACAUUUUAACAUCGACAUGUCUGAGGUACCACCGCAAUUUUCACCAUGGGGGGACAGUUAUUCAAUCAGGAAUUAUCGUAAUCACUUCAAUCCAAAUGUUUGUCACCUUUGCAAGCUGGAUGUGAAAAAAAUACGGAUAUCUAAGGAAGACUACACUUUAUGUCAUUUGUGUAAGAUGAUUCUUUUCUGUAGCCACGAUCACGCAUCAAUACAUUCAGGGAAUCAUGCAGAGAUCUGCGACGUUUUAAAAAAACUUUCACGUAAAUAUCCGCAAUAUUGGCGAACUAAGAAUUUCAGUCGGGAGGAUUGGAUCCAGUCAAGGAAGGAUCUUUUAGAUAUAGUUCAAAAGAAGUUGCAACGUGAUAUGAAGCUGUACGAAAUACAGAUGAUUAUGUUCGCAAAAUCAUGUUUUAUUUGUCAUAAACAGCGUAAUCUUCAAGCUUGUACAGGGUGUUUUUGUGUGAAUUAUUGUUCGAAUCAUGCAGAAGAUUUUGAAAAUUAUCACAGUCCAAAUUGCGUCAAAUUGAAGUCGUGUCUCGAAACAGAUUAUUACUUAUUUCGUACACCAUUAUGUUAUUAUAGAUACUAUUGGGUUAAUACAUUCACUAUGCGUAAUGUUGUUGACAUGCAACAAUUUAUUACAUCAUUUAUGAAUUAUAAACCUGAUCAUUUAAACAAAUUUUAUUCUGAUUAUCUGUCAGGACCGUUGACACUAUAUGGGAUGAUAGGCGAUUAUCUCGAUAUACAAGAUUCGCAUUAUAUCGUUCAUAUAAUACAAACAAAAGUUUUAGAUGUACAAUAUGUACUGGCCUGGGAAAUUAUGCUGCAUGCAUUACGCACACUACAGCAUCUAGAAGUUGUCCUGAUAGGAACAGAACUGGAUACGGAUGUACACGUAAAAGUUAACGUUUGUUUGUUCUGCGUCCGAUUCGGAAAAACAUUUGAGUUUCAAUAUAACUGCCAUAUGCAGUUUGACGAUUAUCUUGACUAUAUGCUUUUAUCAAAGUCACAACCACGACCAAAUGUAAUUAUAGCUUUUGAAACAGAUAUUAGUGAUUUGGAUUUACGAGCGGAAGUAAUUUUAAAACUAAGGAAACAAUCUUGUCCUUUUAUUGUAACUGCCGGUUCACUCUUCAAAUUCCAAAGGAACGUGCACGAGUUAAAAAAAAUUUUACGUGCACCAUUAGAUUUAACACCAAUUGAAAAUAAAUUUAGUUCUGUUAGAGCAUACAGGAAUUUCGAGGACGAUGACGUGUCUUUUCGUAAUAAGUUUCUAAUUAUUUUUAAGAAAUUACGUAAUUUAUACAAGUUACAUAAAAAACCGAAUAAUACUGAUUCAAGUUGUUCGUGAGUAGAAUUCUUGCGAGACUGAAUUUCUAAUGAUCAUUAUUAUAAUAGAUAAAAGUAAAAGUAUACAUUAUUGAUAAUAUUUUUGACCAGCGGUACACCUAUUGUGAUUUCGAAUUGCAGCCAAUGUAAAAAAUUUGUUGCUCUACUUUAUUUGACACUUCUAUAUAAUAAUUAAUUUGAUAAAUUUGCUCUUUCAUUUAAAACUUAAAACUUCCGUAUAUAUAUAAAAUAUGAGUUUUGUAACAUUAUUGUAACCCCAUA